AUGGAACGAUUGUCAUUACCACUUGGUAAUUCACUUAAUAAAUCGUUCAACGACUCGGUUUCUGAUACUUCUUUUAAGAAAUAUGUUCGUUUCCCUUGUUUCAUUGGGAUCAUCUCGAAGGUGGUCCAGAAAGGUUUGCCAAUAAUCUCUUGUUCAGCAAAAGGAAUGUUCCCUUAUAAGGAAUUUCAAGCAGUUGUGCUUGCUGCUGGAGGAGGAUCCCGCAUGACUGAGCUUACUCGUGGCCAAUAUAAAUGUUUGUUACCAAUUGGAAAUCUACCAAUGCUUUGGUAUCCCCUUCAACUGUUGGAACGGGUUGGCUUCAAAGAAGCUAUUGUUAUUAUAGCUGAAUCUAUGGAACGAAAUGUUUCUUUAGCCCUGAAUGAUUUGAAUCUUAAAAUUAAGACGGACAUUGUUGCUGUGAAAAAUGCAGAAGAUUUAGGAACUGCAGAUUCCAUCAGGCUUAUUCACGAAAAGAUUUACACAGAUUUUUUGGUGAUCUCUUGUGACUUGAUUACAGACGUGGAUAUACGUGAAAUUUUGAAUCUUUAUAGGAAACAUAAUGCUAGUAUCACAGCAUUAAUGUUACCUACUCCUAAAAUACCAGAUGACUUUACAACACCAGGCCCGAAAAACAAACAAAAGCCUGAAAUCGACUUAAUUGGCAUUUGUAAUGAGACUGGGCGUUUAAUUUUCUUAGCAUCUGCUUCAGAUUUUGAAGAAACAAUAGAAAUUUCACAACCAUUUCUUAAGAAAUAUCCAAGUUUUACUAUGCAUUCUAGAUUAAUGGAUUCUCAUUUGUAUGUCAUUAAUAAAUGGGUUUUGAAUUUUCUAGUGCAAAAUAAAAAUUUUACUACAUUAAAGGGUGAACUCCUGCCAUAUAUUGUUAAGAAACAAUUUUCAAAACCUCCCAAGCAAUAUGUGGAUGAUAAAAAUACCUCUAUAGUACAAACAAAUUCAAAGGAUGCUGUCUACCAUUUCGCAGUUGAGAAAUCACUCGACGAAUUAAUCAGAAAAAUGUCAGCAUACAACGAUCAUGACACUGAUUUAGAAGAUACAUAUCAUGGAGAUAUAAUACGGUGUUAUGCUUACGUUGGUGAUGAAAAAUUUGGUUUGAGGGCAAAUACUAUACAAAUGUAUCACCUCGCUAAUACAAAGAUAUCAGAAUGGUGGAAUAAUGACAACAAUGAACAGUCUUCUGUACCAAUUAUUGCUCCUACAGCAACGAUACGUAGCACACAAAUACAAGAUUGUCGAGUGGACAACAAUGCUCUUAUUGAUGAAAAAACAUCUCUUAAACAUACUUAUAUUGGACCACAUGUUACUAUCGAAUCGAAGACCACAAUAUCACAGAGUAUUUUAAUGGAAUCCGCAAUUGUCAAGCAACGAUGCAUAAUACAGAAUUGCAUAUUAGGCAGUGGUUGUAUCAUCGAAGAAGGUGCUGAAUUGAAGGACUGUAUAGUUGGCUAUAAACAAGUUGUACCACCUGGAAGUCAAUAUUCUCGCGAAGUUCUUACUGAUGCAAAUGACUUGAUAUUUUAUGAACAAAGGGUACAUCAAGUUUUGGUAAGCGGCGGAAUAAAACGCAUACAUUGUGUAGGCGUUGUGGCCGCAGCUCCUACCACAUCCAAAAAUCGCAAUGUGCUCAAUGUGGAUACCCACAGAAGAAAAUGCGAUCAUGAAUGGAUUUAGGGAAGGUUUGCCAAAACCUAAAUCAGUUCAAACUAAAUAAAUCUAAAUAAUUCUUGUAACAUUUCUUGUAAUAAAUAAUCUAAAAUGUCUAUUAAUUAUACAUUAAUGCAUAAAUUCCGUUUUAGAUUGUAAUGAAAAGCAAUUGCAAUUAAGUAUCAUAAUGUUCUUAAACUUUACUUUGAAAUAAGUUACUUUAGCUAUUUUUUAUAGUUUUUAAUGAAUAAUGUCUAGAAAUAUCGGUUUUGAGAUACGAAAAUUAUUUAAAAAGUUAUGCAUAACUAGCACAUAACUUGCACGCUAUGUAGAUGUUCAGCGAUACUAAUUUUGCUCAUCCAGUUUUCUACAAAGUGCUAAUUUGCUUAUAUUUAUCUGAACAUUUAUGUAUAAUUGUACAUAUUUACGUAAUUUGUACAAUAUGCAUAAAUUUUUAAAAUCUUUCUUUUUUGAAUUCUACUGUCGCAUGUUAUAGGGAGAACUUGUAAAUUUCAGCCAAAAAUGUAAUCUUUUCCAAAUGGAAGAUUACAAGUAUAAAAUAUUAAAUGGUGGGGGCAGAAGAUGCACCGCGCAGGCGCGGCGCAACUUUCGAUUGCAUUCCGUCUUAUAAUAAUCGCGAUUUCGCAAAUUUCUAUUCAGUAACGCGUAGAUUUAUAUUGCAAACUGCUAACUUACAUCUAUUUUUAAAAUCUGCGUGAAAGAUAUCCGAUCUUUUAGUCGAAACCGGUAUGUUAUCGGGCCACAUCCGACCGCGAUUUUGUCUUCAUAAACAUCAACGAAUCAAAAUCUCUAUGAUUAUCCAACGUUGUUCAAGAAAGUAAAAAAAGGAUUUAAAGAAGCUAAUACUUUAAAUAAAAUACGAGAAGUACGAUUUUCUUAAUAUAUCAUAAAUUAACAUAAAAAGUAACUACUUGAUAGAAUCUAAGCUCAACACACAAAUGACUGUUUGGGGCAAAUUGUUCGGCAAGUAUCUUUUGGUGACUAAUACUGUGAGCUGUGGUUUAAUGAUGGCUGCAGGAGACGUUAUUCAACAACGUAAUGAUUAUUUAAGGAAGUACAAUGUACCUACUGGUACAUAUGUGAUGGCAGCAUCCCCAAAUGCAGAACGAAAGUUUCAUAACUCAAGAAAUUCUGACGAUUAUAUACACGAUUACGAGCGAACUAAAAACAUGACCAUUGUGGGUCUGCUUCAAGGUCCUUUUCAUCACUGGUUUUAUAUGAUAUUGGACAGGCUGAUCCCCGGGAAAACCGCACUGUCUGUUAUCAAGAAGACCUGUCUAGACCAGAGUAUAGCCAGUCCAACCUGUCUAGGAAUAUUUUUCGUCGGCCUUGGCCUUUUAGAACAUCACAAUAUAGAAGAGAUCCGCGAGGAAAUGAGACUGAAAUUAUACGAUACGUGGAAGGUCGACUGUUGCUUUUGGCCUCCAACGCAGUGCAUAAAUUUUUUAUUCGUACCUCUUCAUUAUAGGGUGCUCUACAUCAAUUUUAUGACAAUGAUUUAUGAUAUUUUUCUAUCAUACAUGAAAUAUGACGCGCAGUAUGAAUGACGACAAAACCUUAAAACUAGUCUGUUGUACAAAUAAUUAUAUUUUUCUAGGUGAUCAUCUGUAACUUCUAAUAUCUUUGUGAGUAUACAUUACAUAGAAUGUACCAUAAUCAACGUGAAAAAAUAUUAUCAGAAAUAAAGAAGCUCCUGUUUUUGUACGAAAAGAAAAUAUCGUCCAUAAGUUUAAAAUCCUACUAUCGCAAAUUGGAAUUAGAUGGUGAUAAUAACGGAUGGAAAUUGAAAAAUUAACGCACACGCUUAAAACAUUCCGUUACGCUUGUUUAAUCGAUGAGAUUUACAUUGGCGUCUCGGAGGUUUUGAAAUUUUCACUCCCUCAACUCCGAAUGGCGUUUAUCAAUAUUAUCAAUGUGCAAUUGUCUGAUGCAUCUUAGAGGAAUUUUUAUUCUGUUUCCUUAUCGUCCGUAACAACAGUCCAUCAGAUGCAACAUGUUUAUUAGAGUGACAACUUCUGUUUGUCAAUUGGCGACAAUGGGAUUACAAAGUCUCCUAAGCCGUCGGUCGCCAGUAAGCAAACACCCAUCAUUGAUGUGAAAAUACAAAUAAUAAACUGAGCAAACAAUAAACAAAACUGACAAACAGACGCGUCGAUGCAUUUGCACAAAAAUUGAAGAGACAUUACAGAAUAAAGAAUUUUCUUUGUAAUCAACUUUUGUAGGUGAAACUUAACCGAAGCAAUGAGAGAAAUAUCUUUGUCAUGUAAGUUUCAUAUUUAAUUUCUCCCUGUUAAUAUAUUAAUUUCAUCGAACUUCCUAGUGAAUUGGAUACUGCUAAAAAACUACUAUAAAAAAUAUUUCAAUAAGAGGAUAUUGAUAGAUAAAAAUUUCAAGAAUUCGCAUAAUGAUAGAUUUAAUUGAACGAUAGACUUAAUCAAAAUUCGAUCUACUGAUAAUUCAAAGUAAUCUGUCGUUCCCUUAUCAGCUUUUAAAUCUGAUCAAUUCUAUUAGUUCAUCUAUUGGCAUAAGUUAAAGGUCAUAUUUAUCUUUAUAUAAAAAAAGAAACAAAUUUGAAAAUGUAUUUCUGUCGAAAUGACAUUCAAAUAUCUACAUCUGUAUUUCACAGUUACGAUGAAAAUAUAAAAAUAGAUAACAAAAAGAUGUUAAAACAUACGCAACAAAAAAUGAGUAAAUGUUUGUUUACAAUUAAAUGUUACGAUCCGUGAUUGAACUGUUUGCGAAAUGGAGGGAGAUCCAAAACUCGAGCAGUGCCAAGAAGCAUCAGAGCGGCUCCGAUAGUGUACAUCGUCGUCUUUCCAAUCAGUUUUGGAAAUUUUCUUGAAUGAUAUGCAAUAUAUAAGCCGGAGCCAAUGAGACCGCAACCACUGAAAAUUCUACAGCCCAAGCAGUCACGAUCUCGAUUGUUAAUUAUGCUUUUUACUGUAGGUGUUUCUUGCAUUUUUCACUUUACAACGAUAUGAUAAAGAACACUUGAAACUUAUGCGAAUAAACGUUUUCGAAACAAUUGGUUUUUACAUUUAAAUAGGUUAGGUUUUGUAUCUGAAUAGGUUUAGGUUAGGUUUGAUGUUUAAAUUACCACAUUCGCAAUAUAUCAAAAUAGGAUCGAAUUUGAGUUCAUAUUAAAUAUUUUUGCUAUAAAUAUAUAUAAAUGACAUAUCAUUGUUUAUGUUCAAAUAAUAAAAAUUUAAUAAAACGUAGAUUCAAUUCAGAUCAUUAGAUUGAUCAGAUUAAUUUGCUAAAGUCGAUGUUAUAAAUGAAACAUAACCUAAUCUUUG